GUCAGGUCAAAGGUUGGAAGCUGAGUACUUUCAGAAGAAAGACAAAACGUUUCGUGAUUCUGAUCUGCCAGUGUUGUGAAAAUCAAAGGAGGUUCAAACUCACCAAGUGAAUAUGAGAAAUCAAAAUCCUUCCCCUAAUCCACAACCUGGAGAUUUGAUUGAAAUAUUCAAGGGUAUGUAUAGCCACUGGGCCAUCUACAUUGGAGAUGGAGAGGUCAUACAUUUAACUUCAGAUGGAGCGAGUGCAGAUGUUAGUGUUCGAUUCUCUAGCUCUGCAAAAACUGCUGUGGUUAAGAGGGAACCUUUUGAUACGGUGGUUGGAAGCAAUGAUUGGCAUAUCAACAAUUCGGACGGAAAACGGAAACCUUUACCCAGUGACGAUAUAAUAAAAAAGGCAAAAGCAAUGGUUGGACAGAAAGUGUGUUACAAUGUAAUAAAACAAAACUGUGAGCACUUUGUUAACUCACUUCGGUAUGGAGAAAGUGUAUCAGACCAGGCUACUGCUGUUACUUCAGUUGCCAGCAUUUUUGCAUGUGCUAUUGCUAUUGUUGCUGCUGUAUUGCUGCGUCGUCCUUUAUCAUGAAGAAGACGGCGCUGAAAGUGAUUGCUGAUGAGGAACAGAG